AUGAUUUCCAACAUUUUCAAACCAAAAAAAUAACAGCUUAUUCAAGAGGGUUAACAAAACAUCACUUUAGGUAAAUUAGUCAAAUUCUCUCACUAUGAAACCAUUUUCAAAUAUUCUUUCUUUGCGGUUUUAUGUAACUUAGUAUUUUAUUGGUCAUAGUUGUUAUAUCUUUGUAUAGCUUAGAUGUCAUACAAUUUUAAUAAUUCCUUAAAGAAAAGAACCUUAGAAGAUUUGAUUGGUCUGAUCUCAAAUGGAUGAUUAUAGGAUUAAUCAUGAUUCAUGUAAAUUAAUAUUUUUUAUAAAUUUAGAUCACAAAAGAAAUCAAUAGAUAUUUAGUUUUCGAUUAUGUUUCUAAAUCAUUAGAUUAAAAAUAUGUUGGUUUGGAUAGAUAAUUAAGAGUUUAAAAAAUUAUUAAAUGGAUUUACGAUACUUUCUACUAUUCAAUAGCUACUAUAUUUGCAUAUAUUGUUUUUAAAGAUGAAAAAUGGUUUCCAACUGAAUUAGGUGGCUCAAAUUUCACAGAAACCAUGUAUGAUUUCCCAAAUAUGCCUGAUGUAUAAAUUAAAAAAAUUCAAAAUAGAAUCCUUGGGUUCCAUUCUAUUAUAUGAUCUAAGCUUCAAGUCAUGUACAUGCUUUAUUAUUAUUGAUGGUCUAUGGCACAAAAAUAGAAUUGAAAUAUUGGGAAUAUUUACUACAUCAUUUUCUAGCAGUAAGUCUGUUAUAUUUUUCAACUAUUUAUAAUUGUGAAAGUAUCGGUAUUGUUGUCUUGGUACUACAUGACAUUAGCGAUAUCUUUUUGGCAUAUGGAAGAACUUAUGCUGAUAUUGGAAAGAAUAAAAUACUUGUUUAUGUGAGUUUCUCAGCAAUUCAAAUUUCUUGGUUAUACACUAGAGUCUAUGUAUUCCCAAUUAAGAUUUAUGAUAUUAUAGUAAAUCAUCCUGGAUUUUCUCUUUAUUGGUAUUAAUUAAAUACUAUAAUAAAAGGGAAAAUACAAAACAUGCAUUGUUCAAUUAAGUAGGUUUGAUGAUAGUACUUUUUGGAAUGCACAUUUACUGGACAAUUUUUAUGGUUAAAGUAGGUAUUGGAAUCUUCUCAGCUGGUAAAUAUAAAAAUGUAUAUGAUAACAGAGAGAAUAAAUUAGAUAAUAAGAAAGAAAAUUGA